UCUUUUGCCAUGCAUUCGAACGUGUACCGAUGUAUCGUCACAGUCCACUUGCGAUCGCGCUUGCCCAUGUAGUAUUUUGGAUUUUUCCAAAACGAUUUUGAUUUUGAUCUUAAUAUUUGUAUUUGUAUUUUUUAAUAUUCCGAUAUUAUUUUUCUUUCAUAAAGACUACGUUGCUUGUAAAAUACGGCAUCUAUACUAUAUAAAUUAAAAAGUGCAUAUUAAAUUCAUAAAUUAUACGAAAUAGUUUUUUAAAAAUAUUUUUUUUUGACUGAGAAAAAAACUACGAAGAAAAUACACUCAGAGUUUGCAAGAAACAGCGCCCAAACUCCAGUCGAUCGUAUUUUACAAAAUGUCAAAGAUGAAAGAAGCACAGGAUAAUAAACUAAGAACAUUCAAAAAUCAAGAAAAAAGUGAAGUCGCACACUUGAAUGGCAUCGACUACUUUGACCCAUUCCUCGAGAGAAACUUGGAACACCCAACCACCAACGGUGAGACCUUGACUCAUUUACUCAAAGCAUCCCUGGGAACUGGCAUCUUGGCCAUGCCGCUAGCUUUCCAGUGUUCGGGACUUAUAACCGGCGUAUUCGCAACUGUGUUUGUGUCAUUCGUUUGCACGUAUUGCUCGUAUUUACUGGUGAAAUGCGCUCACACUCUUUACAGGCGGACAAAAGUGUCAUCCAUGAGCUACGCGGAUGUGGCUGAAGUGGCGUUUGCCAACGGACCAGCAUGGUCUCGAAAGUUCUCGUCUCUAACCCGGCAGUCUGUGCUCUGGCUGCUGUUCGUCACAUAUUUCGGGACGUGCAGCGUGUACACAGUGAUCAUUGCCUCCAACUUCGAACAGUUAUUCACAUACCACAUGGGUUAUGAGCUGAACCUCCGGUACUUUAUUGGAAUGCUGCUGAUACCGCUUAUAUUGCUGAGCUACGUGCCCAAUCUCAAGUACUUGGCACCUGUAUCUAUGGUGGCCAACCUGUUGAUGGCCACCGGUCUGGGCAUCACAUUUUACUAUACACUAGGUGGCAUGCCCAACAUAACAGAAAGGCCAGCCGUGGGGACAUUUGACACGUUCCCAACGUUCUUCUGCCUCACUGUGUUUGCCAUGGAAGCCAUUGGAGUGGUGAUGCCGUUGGAAAACAACAUGAAAACGCCCAGGAACUUUUUGGGAGUUUUUGGCGUACUGAACGUCGGCAUGGGUGGCGUGACCAUUGUGUACAUUCUGCUCGGUUUCUUCGGUUAUUUGAAGUAUGGCGAAGAAACGAAAUCAAGUAUAACGUUAAACCUACCCACUGAAGAUGUUGCCGCCCAGGUGGCUAAAAUAUGCAUCAGUUUAGCCGUGUUCUGUACUUACGGUCUGCAGUUUUUCGUUUGCUUGGAAAUCACAUGGACCAAAAUCGAGGAAAACUUUAAAAAAGCCACAAUUUUCCACAACUACGUCUUGAGAACGGUUCUGGUGACUGCUUCUGUUGUGAUCGCGGUGGCUGUACCGACAAUCGGUCCGUUCAUCGGGCUCAUUGGUGCCUUCUGUUUCUCACUGCUCGGCAUCGUGGUGCCCUUGUUCAUAGAAUUUGCCACGUACUGGGAUGAAGUGACCGUCUGGAUGACCAUCAAGAACGUUUUACUGAUAGCCGUCGGCGUCUUGGCACUGGUUUUCGGCACAGCCAACAGCAUAGCCGAUAUAAUCGCCGCGUACGAUCCCGCUCAGGCCGUCAAGUGCGCCAUAAACUCCACACUGACUCAGCCAAUCGCAGAAUAACCGGAAAUCCGGCCACAUCAUCGACCACCCAGCCACAUAGAAUUCACGACAUAAUAUAUCGUUCGAUAGUUACAUAUGUAUAAUCAUAGGCGUAAUACUAGGUGCAUUUUGCAAGGGCCAAAUACAACCCCCCUUCCAUAAAAAAAGGCCUAUUAUACUUUAAACACCUAAAAUCAUGA